AUGGGGGGGCCCCCUCUCUACCGGCAGGGCCUCUCCUGCGGGGCAGCAGCCUGCUGGGUGCGGGCUGCUGCAGGUGCCUCUGCGGAGCCGCGGCUGCCCCCCUGGGCCUUCAAUGGCCCCCUGAGGCAGCGGGCGUACAGGGAGGCCCUGAGACUGCGGAGGCACAGAGCGGCGGUGCUGCUGCUAUAUCUGCUGCUGCCUUUCUUUGCGCCUGAGACGUUCAACCUGCAGCACCAGCAGCAGCAGCAGCAACAGCAAUCACAGCAGCAGCAACAACAGCAACAGCAACAGCAACAGCAGCAGCAGCAACAGCACCAUCAGCGCCAGGAGCUGGUAGAGGCCCACACGGCUACCGACUUCGCCUCAGAGGCCCACCUUUCCCUCAUUGAGGCUCUUAUAGAUUCUUCACAUGCCACCACACUGCAGCAGCAGCAGCAGCAGUACCAGCAUGGCGACCUUGCCCAGCUCCUGCUGCAGCAGCCGGCGAGGUCCUCCCGCAGCAGGCGGCUGAAGGAAAGGCCCUACUGCGACGCGUCCUCCGGAGAGUGCUACGUCCCUUUCCCCAGCAUCAGCAGCAGCAGCAGCAACAGUGGCAGCAGAAGCAGCAACAGCAGUGGCAGCGGCGGCGGCGGCAGCAGCAGCAGCAGCAGCAGCAGCAGCAGCUUCAGCCAGCGCUACUGGGCAUUCGUGAAGUGGCUCUCUCCUUUGUCAGCUUCUGGCGGGUGGAAGGCUCUGUGGUUUAUUUCGCUGCUUUGUGUCUUCUUCUUGGGCUACUGUUCGUUCCUUGCUGCAGUGACUCGUGGCUGCUCGCGGUCUGCUGCUGUUCCUGCUGCAGCACUGGCUUGCUGCGUGGUGUCAGCAGCAGACUACGCCCUGCUGCUGUUCGGGGAUACCCCAGCAGCAGCAGCAGCAGCUGCUGCUGCUGCUGGUGGGGCCUGGAGAGCCACACGCCUCGCGCGUCCUUUUCUGCUGCUCGGGCUGCAGCACUCCGUCCGUAGGCUGCUGCUCAAAAUCGUCAAGACGCUUCCUCAGGUCUGCUGCUGGUUCCGUGUUGCUGCUGCUUCUCCUGCUGCUGCUGCUGCUGAUGUUCGGUUCCUGCUGCUCGUGCUGCUGCUGGACUUUCUGCUGCUGCGGCCGCUCCGGGCACGCUUUUCGCGCCUCUAUCUUGGGCUUUUUUCACUCACCUUUUCCAUGAAGACGUUUCCUCAGCUCUUCGUUUGGAGCAUAGUGCUGGCUUUGUUUCUCUCGGUGGCCCUCUUCGACUGGCUCGGUGUAAUUCUUUUUGCAGGCACAAAUGGCCACGAGCAGUUUCACAACUUUCAAAGAGGCUGCGUUUCUUUGCUGCUGGUGGUCACCACUGUGCGGCUGCCGCAGGUCUUAUUAUGCGGCUAUACAGUGCAUGAGGCGGCCGUGCUGUUUGUAGUGGCGUUCUAUCUGAUAACGGCUCUGCUACUGGGUCUCUUCGCUGCUGCCUUUUUUUCCGCCUUUAGAAGACAAGAAGAGAAGGACCAGUCUGAACUCUCCGCUUUGCGAGUUCGCUACCUUCUUGCUGCUUUUUCGCUCCUUCAAGACGCUGGCGGCGGCCGUGUGGGCCCCCGCGAGUGGCGUUGCUUUUAUGGGGCCCUAUCAGCCCUGCCCGCAGUUUCUUUCUUGCCCUUGACGCGGGAGGAGACUCAGAUGCUCCUGUUGUUGCAACAGCAGCAGCAGUUGCUGCAGCAGCAGCAGCAGCAACAAGAACAGGUUGCCGGCUUCAGCAUUGAGCAAAGGCGGCUUGGUACCGCUGCACUUGUCAGCCCCAAAGGCAGGGAAGAGGCAGAUUGGAUACCGCACUGGGGAUCGGGAUCGGGAUCGGGUCUGAGUCGUAUCCAGGACUGGGGAUCGGAUUAUGACGCCAGCAGCGAGGCUUCGCGUUUGCUGCUUCAAAUGUCUCCGCUGUCGGCAUCUGCAGCGUCAACAGCAGCGGCAGCAGCAGCUCAGGAAGAGCAGAAGCAGACUGACGCACUGCUGAGGGCUUGGGGGAUACGGAUUCCAGACUCGAAAUCCCCAGCCUGGGUUCUUCGCCACCGCCAGGUGCUGACAGAGGCUCAUUUCACGUUCCAAUGGCUGCAAGAAUCGGCGGCAGGUACAGAGGGGCCCACUGCAGCAGCAACAAUAACAGAGGAGAUCUCCGCUGCGGAAUUUGCAAGGCUACCGGCUGCGCUUUUCGCUCUAGAAAAAGAGAAAGCUGUGACAGCAGCAAGCGCGUUCGCUAAGCGGCGGUCGCCUGGGGCCUCUCUUUCAGUUCUCAGUUUGGCUGCUGAUGUUGCUGUUGCUGUUUCUAUGGUUGUUACAUUUUUGCAAACCCGAAAAUUUAUACUGACAGCCUCGACCCUCACGGGAGAGCCACUUGUGGAGGAGGCUGCCGACGGGAUGCCGACUUCCUGUUUCCUCUGCCAUGCUCGGAGCUACUGGCUGCAGCUGCUGCUAAGUGCCAUUUACAUUGUUUCUGCGGGAACACUCCUGGCCAUAGAGCUUAGACACAGGGGCCCCUGGCGCCUCAGCACAGUUGCCAAAUUUGACCUGUGUGGGGUAUCUGUACACCUGCUGGUGGAGCUUGCAUGCUUGCUGGCUGGAGCUGCCCCGUCUCUGUCUUCGGACGCUUCGGAGGGUCUCGUCGACGACCUAUCGCGCGGCGUCGCUUUCGCCAGAGUCCUUAGAGGGCUCCGCAUAGGCUUUAGGAUUCAGCCACUCAAAAAUAUGGUGACGCGUUUGCUGCGGGCGGUACGUCGCUUGAAGACCGUUGUUCAGGUUUUGCUGCUGCUGUUCUACGCUUACGCCACGGUUGGUAUGGAGCUUUUCAGAGGUCUCAUAGAGUGCGAGCUGCAAGGGGGGCAAGCGGGAAACGCCACAGGGCCCGAGGCUGAGGGAGACCCCAUGGACUUGGGGUUGUUGAAUUUCAAUGAUCUGUUCUCGUCCUUAGUUACCCUGUUUCUGCUGACUGUUAAUGGCUGGGACGACUCCCUUAAGGCCUUGGUGAAACACACGUCGGUGCUGAAGUGCAGUUUAUACUUUGUGUCUUUUUAUAUCCUGACGGACACUAUUCUUCUGAACCUCCUUGUGGCCCUCGUCCUGGAGGCCUACGAGCAGGUCUCGUCGACACCUUCCAAGAGAGCAGCCGCAGCUGUUGAGGAGCAGAAGCAGCAGCGGCAGCAAAAAAAGAGGCAGCAGCAGUCCCUCAGGAUGCCGCUGCAGCAGUCCCCGCUCGUGCUGCCAUUUGGGGGAGCGGCGCUUAGCGAGCAGUCCCCAAGCCCCGCAGGGACCGAUAGCGACCAGUCGAGCCCUUUCUUCGACUCCUAG